GGCAGCCCCCUGCAAAAUCAGACACUUUCAUGUUUCUUCUGUGAUGAUCGCUGCUGUAUUGCUUUAUUCUUUAGUAUUUUUAAAUACCCACAACAGAGUGCAUUAACCGAUGGCGUUAAGACAGAUAGAUGACAUAUUUUGAUGAUUAGAAUUUACAUGAGCUAAUCCAAUCAUGAAGACUGACACUUGCUACUGUGGUGAAAAUGUAUCCAAGUUACAAGAACAUGUACUACAGUGCACAAUAUGCAAGAAGAAAUUUCAUUUUGAGUGUCUAAAAACAGGGAGACCAACCCCUCUUGAAGGAGAUACUUUCUUUGCCCUAACUUGUCAGGAAUGCAGUGACACUGGGGAGGAGAGAUGUACCAGACAGAAACUACAGUGGACCCAGGUUGUUGUGCUGGCACUGUACAAUCUACAGUUACAAGGAGCUGGAAAGUGUGGCUAUUUCCGCUGGAAGGAACAUAUUUGUGCUUUUAUUGAUAAGCACUGGAUUCAUUUAUUUGAUGCCUCAAAAAAGAAGACGUCAACCUGGCAUGGUACAGUUGCUGGUGCCCUGUCUGCAGGCUGCCCUAAAUACUUUGUCUCUGGUCAACUGGAGCUAAAGGAAUCAGGAUGGUGGAAGUUAACAGAGAUGAAACCACUUUCACUUGAUCAAGAGUCGGGCCAGAGACAUGGCAAGAAACAAAAGUUGGACUCUAAGGAAUCUCUGGCAGUAAAAAUGGAAGGUCUGAGAACCAGAGCUAGGAAGACGUCCAUACAAGCUGCAAUUGAACUGAAAGCAAGACGCUCGGUAACACAGGAAGCCAAAGACAUCAGAAAAACUCGUUCCAGCACUGAUUCAGGUACUGAUUUCACAAUGGAUGUUGAUAAACCCAUCAGCAACAUGACUGUUCCACAACCACCAGUGCUGAGAACAGGCAGAACCACCAGGUCCUCAUCAGCUGUCCCCAGUGCACAGGGAGCAGCUUCAGAAGAGAUGGAUGUGAUGGCAGACAGUCAGCAGGAUGCUCUUGAUGCCAUGGGGAAAGGUUCAUGGUUCACUGAAAAAGAUUUGAAACCUCCAGAGACAGUCCCCCAGUUGUUGUUGAUGGAGGAUGAGGCUCUAGAAGAUGACAGUGACUUUGAAAUAGAUCCUGGCAGUAUCUCUCCUCCCAGAGAUGAGGACACCCUCAUGAUGGACAAUACUCCAGAUGUUGUUGACAUUCUGUCUGCAUUACAACAUACAGAUGCAGUUGAACUGAAUAGCACAGCUAUGGCAACAGUGACCAAAACUGUUAACACUGAAUCUGAAACAAACUUCCAAGGCAGAGAAGAAGAAGAAGAAGAAGGACAAGAAGAAGUGCAGCUUGCAGAAAAUAAAGAAAACGAGGAAGAUGAAAGUGAUGUUGAGUCAUCAGAGAAUGAACAUGAUGCUGCAUCUGAGUCCUCAGACAAUUCUAGUGUGAAUGAAAACCAAAACAAACCUCUAAAGAAAGAAAAUGAGAUCACUGAAGUUCCUCCAGAGUCGAAGCCUCCAGACCCAGUAUAUGAACCUAUGAGUGUAUAUGAAGAAAAACGGCUAUUGAAGAAAUUAAAUUCAAUUGGCUCUGGUGUAGAACUAGACAGUGAAACAAAAAGAUUUAGGGCUAAAUUACGGGUCAGACAGCUUAAGAGAGAACGUGGUUUACCUAUCUUUGACUUGGAUGCAACCAUGGCCAUGCUGACAGGGCAAAGACGUGACUUAGAGUUAAAUUACCAGAUGAAUCCAUCUCAUCUGCCUACUUCAAGGUUUGGAUAUGCAGACUACAGAGUGCUAGAUAGAUUUCAGAUGCCAUCUCAUUCUUUGCCAUCGCAAGUACCUCAUUUCUCAUCAUUUCUGAACCGCCUCGUGGGAACAGAGGAUGAUCAGCUGCAAAGUAUAUGUAGUCCUUAUACUGCAAGAUUUUUGAAACCAUUUAUCAGACGAGAUUAUGAAUCGGUAUCGUUAAAGAUGAAACUUUUUCAAGAAAUUAUUUCAUUUCCACACAGGGAUGACCCAAGCUGGGAGCCACCAGUCUUGCCUCCUAUAGAUUACUGCUAUGUGAGACCACAGCAUAUACCCUCAGUAAAUGCUCUAUGUAGAGAAUUCUUCUGGCCAGGGAUUGAUUUGUCCGAGUGCCUACAGUAUCCAGACUUCAGUUGUGUAGUCCUCUACAGGAAAAUUGUGAUAGGCUUUGCCUUCAUGGUGCCAGAUGUAAAAUACAACGAGGCCUAUAUCUCCUUCAUCUUCACCCAUCCAGAGUGGCGGAGGUGUGGGAUUGCCACCUUCAUGCUUUAUCAUCUUAUUCAGACCUGUAUGGGCAAAGAUGUUACUCUUCACGUUUCUGCAACCAAUGCGGCUAUGCUGCUCUAUCAAAAAUUCGGUUUCAAACCAGAAGAAUUCAUUCUGGACUUCUAUGACAAGUAUUAUCCAGAAGAUUCAAAAGACUGUAAACAUGCUUUCUUUCUUCGACUUCGAAGAUGAUUUAAUUUGGGCAACCGUAGACUUAAGAAAAUGAGAUGAUUUUGUUUCUGUACACAGAUGGGAGAAAUACUACAUGCCAUUGUAACCAAAAUAUGAAAAUUGCUCCUGGCAUCACAAAAUUUUUUUGGACUGGAUAGAAAUAGGGUGUUACAAAUUUUCAGGGAUGUGAACUUUUGUGAACUUUGUUUUUAAAAAGUCAACUAACUGGAGGCAAUUUGUAAUAUUUUCAAAUCCCU